AUGACGGCGUCCCGAAUCUUGAAUGAGGCAUGCGGCUACAUGGCGAAGGCGCUGCAGCCCAUCAUGUACCUGCAGCGGUACAUUCCUGGGAUGGAGUCUGCGAAAGUUCAGGUCCUUCCAGCUGUGGAGCAGGUUACCGUGGGGCCAUAUGCGGCGGUGACCCAAGACACUGAGGACGGUAGCGAACUGAAGUACAAUAAAGAUGCAAUGUGGUAUGCCAACGAAGACGGGGAGAUCGGUGAUAUCACCACGACAAGUGUUUGGGCCUACAACGUGAUUGAUUCCUUUCGCCUGCAGUUCUCGGACGGCGGAGAGGAACGGGGUGGUUCUUCCACAGGUGGGACGGAGAAUUCCUACGACCUGGCGGACAGGUACAUCACUGCCGUAACGAUGUACUUCCGGGAUCCCAGCUACUUCUAUCCAUCGGGCGAGGUGGUGAAGAUGUCACUGAGCUUUUCUGACGGGACCUCCACGGGGAAACUAGGUGGCUACUCCCCCACCAUCGCCGCCAAUCCAGUGGGUAUGACGGCCACUGUGGCGGAUGAUGCCUCAUAUAAGAUGGUGGGCGCCACGCUGGGGUCCAGUAAGGAUGGCUACUUCG